AUUCUAUUGUAAGCUUGUUUCUUUUUCUCUGGCCGUUCAGAUCAACUUGGUGGCUGAGAUUAAUUCCUCAUAUGAGGUUCUCACUUAGUGGCAUCAAUAGAGCCCAGCGCAUAGAAAUAUUGGACUGCAAACGAAACUGAAACUUAUAUUUCUUGAAUUCCAUUCUUGAGCGCCAAAAUACCCAAGAACCAUCUUCCCUCUCAACACACCCAAAUCGUCAUCCCUCUGAAUCUCUGUGCAUUUUUUUUUAUCUCGUUCGUGAUUUCUGGUUCCCUUUCUAUUUUUAUCAAAGGACAUCAAUGUCUGAAUGGUGCUUUACUCAAGGAGCCAAACGCAAACCAAGCAAAGGCUGCUCCGGCUCCCGCUCCGACGUCGGCGAAUUCGAUGAUUCAGAAUUCUACGGACGAGGACGUCAACCUGUUAAUAAUCUGCCCUGUUAUACUUUAAUUGAAGUUUGGAAGUCUACAAUGGCUGAGUCUUUGUUCGAUCUUCUUCAACCUCACAUCCAUGAAGCCAAGGCUGAUCAGGGUUCUGCGUCUUUUUUGUGGGGAGAAACAAGGGUGCAUGAAGUUGUGGGUGGGAAUGAAGAUGUGGGUGGGAAUGAAGCUGAAGCUGAGGGUGAAGAUGGAGCUGAAGCUGAGGAUGAAGAGGAAGGGGAAGGUAAUUAUGAGGCUGGUGGGAUGGAGGGAGGUGAGGGAACAGAGGAACAAAUGCCCUUGCACAUCUAUAGGAUCACAACCGAUGAUGAAUCCCAUUGUCUAGGAGUGGUGCUGAUUGAAGAGUGCGAAGAUUUUCACGAAUUACAUGAGAAAGUUCUUGAUGUUAUAUUUGAAAAUGGGGAUUUGGAAGAAUACGAAACGCCUUCCAUUGAGGAGUACACAGUGCUCUAUCUUCAACUAAAUGGAGAUAGUUUCUUGAGGUUGAAACCUGAAAUUCCUUGGGGCGUCUUCCGGCACUUAGUGGAUCAAGUAUCUUCUUUUGAUGGGACUUUAUUAGACAUUUAUCGAAGAACUGAAGAUGAGGAAACUGAAUUGGUUGGUUGGAAAGGGGUUCGGAUUGAAGAUUGCAAUGGUAACAUAGAAGCUUUGGAUGAAAUGGUUAGGAAUUAUUUCUCAGUUCAUGGUGAUAUUGAUGCAAGUACCUUGAUUUACUACACCAAGCUUAGGAAUGGAUUUGACAGGGAGCUAAGUUUGGAGAUCGAAUGGGAUGUAUUCACCCAUUUGGUGCGAGGAGUUGUUGCAGUCUCUGAAGAUACUUGGUCUGAGUUUGAGUGGUUAGACGGUGAUGAGAGAUACAUUGAUUGGAAGCUUAAAAAAGAAGAUGGAGUUUUGGUGUCAUUGUGCAGGAUCACCAUAGAUGGGGAAAGGCACUCCUUGGGGGAUAUUCUAUUUGACUCAGAAAUCAACCAAGUGCAGGAUCUUUGUAGGAAGGUAAAAGAACACAUGAGACUAUAUCAUGAGGUUGAGGGAUAUGUCAACCCCGAGAACAUUGAUGAUUAUUACCUAAGAUACUGCACAAUUCUUGACAGUGGAGCUGAAAGGCAUAUGAAGUUUCCUAAUAUAGAUAUUGGACUGAACGAAUUCAUUCAUAUGUUGAAGAUAAUAAUAGUAUGUGAUAGGGAUCCUGGGGAUCAAUUUGAGUGA